AUGUCCUCGCGAGCACGAGCUUUGGCCGAGACUCAUCCCUCCCAGAUCCCUACACGAUAUGCGCCGUCUACGCCCCAUGCCCUCCGCGCCCUGGAGCAGCGAAGCGGUGCAAAGACGCGCUCAAUGCGCAGGAGGAGGGCCGUCAGCGACACCGUCCGACCCGACUCAGCUCGGGGCAUCUUGAGGCAAUUGGCUAGGAUCACUGCGCCCGUGACCAGAAAGGUGGUACGGACGCCUGUAACUGUGAGGGGGAAAGAAAACAAAACGCCAAAGGCUGGAAGACUGAUGGAUGACGAAGAGGACGAGGAGCAGAAUGUCAAAAGACCACGCUUGGCUUUGGACAUUGAUGAAAGCCUGGAGAGCAUUGAGGCGCCUGAACUAGGGGAGGACGACGACGACGACAGUGAACUGCUGGUGGCUCCCACGCCUUCGAUUCUACCGGAUGACGACGAUGAAGAAGAAAGCGAGCUACAAAAUCACAACCCAACGUUCACACUCAGGUCGAUUGAUUACCGGAGACAGGCGCACUCGCCUGACGAUGGCCGUCGUCUAUCGAGACGUUCCUUUCCCGCAUCAGACCCAGUCGGACAGGCCGGCUUUCAUGAUGGAGAUGGAGAUUCAACAUUCCUGUCCGAGAGAGGCAGAAGGGCCGAAACAAUUGAGCCAACGGAGAAUCUAUCGCGUUACGACUUCGGGAUUAUCGACAUGGAUGGAUUCCAUUCUGAGCUCGAGAUCAGAAGAGAGUCCCAUUACAAGAGUAUGCCCGACAGUCCGGAGAAGAUUGGAAAUGAUCUUGGGGAGUUCCCUCCAAACUACACGCCCCUUAGGGAAGGGGCCGGGGAAACGGAGGUCUUAAGGGGCCUCCAACAUCUUCAGAGAUCCCCAUCCUCAGCUCCCCCUGAUGAGAGUAUUAUGCAUGUACCCGCAUUCGAUGACUCGAAUUUCCAAUUGCCGGUCCCAGACAUGGAAACAACUUCCAAAUAUGCUCAGGGUACUCGAGAAACAAAGCUUAUCGAAGCAUCACCAUCAGUGGAUGGUCGACACCAGGCUUCCGAGCGAGACGCAGAGCAUGAAGGUGGACAGACGUCCAGACAAGGCUCUGUUGUUGAAGAGGAGCCACAACCGGCGCCUCGGAAGCCCCGUCGGAAGAAAGUAAAGCUGACUCGCCAUGGCGAGCUGGUACCGUCGUUGCCUUCAAGCCUAGUGAGGCGGGUAGCCCUCGAAGCACAAGCCCGCCUCGGCAAUCGUCGACUGAAAGUCGGAAAGGAUCACAUGCAAGCCCUUGAACAGGCGACCGAAUGGUUCUUCGAGCAAGUUGGCGAAGAUCUGGAAGCUUACUCAACCCACGCGCGUCGGAAGCGCAUCGAUCAGAGUGACGUCCUAAUGCUGAUGCGUCGGCAGCGGUUGCUCCAGAGUGAUGGGGAGCUUCCGAAAGCUGCUAAAGAAUUGCUUCCCAAGGAGGUUGCGGCAGGCUUGAGUCUCGACGGGUUAUCCGAUGACUGA